AGCCUGAGGAGCGAUCUGCGCCGGUGGCCCCCGGAGCCCCCAGGGCCCUGCCCGCCAUUUUGUGUCCCUCAGCGCCCGCAGCGGGCGGGGCGGCCUCUGCUCGGGGUUCGCUGCGGUUCCCGCUCCUUCCCCGCUGUGCUGCCUCCCGCCAGCGAACCGCAGGGCUCUGGGGCUGGGUUAUUUCCUUGCUUAGAGCGAUAAAACCACACGUGAGUGCUGUUCUCACGUAGGUGGUUCUGCAAGGCAAAGACCCCGUUGCUUUGCCCCCAGAGCCAGAACUGGCACUGCUGCUGGAGAAGGUCGCCCGUAGGUUUCUUUGCUGCAGGACAAAUUUAAUUCAUCCUCGCCCUCAACCAGCACCCCAGACUCCUCUCUGAAGUUACGCUAGAAACGUGAACCUCGCUGGAGUUCUGAGUAUCCUGUUCAGACGCAGGAGCCGGCACCGGGAGCUGGAAUGGAAGGCUACUUGGAGUGCAGAAGCCCCAAUGUAAAUGUACCCUGUGAACAGCUGCUGUGAAAAAAGAAGAAAUAAUAAGGAAGCAGGUGAAGGAGGCGGCAUUUACAGAAGAAGAAAAAGGAAAAUGACUGAAGAGAAUCACUCACAAAUCUUAAGGAGAAUCCUGGGAUAUGCAAUGUGGAUGUUCCAGCUCAAGCCCAGCACCACCGCUGUACGAACCAUCAGGCUCACAAGCCAUGCGGCGCUCUGACCUGAAGAGAUACCACCCUGAAAGAUACAUUCCAUGCGCUACCUUUAGCCUUAAUGAAUCUUUGGCAAAUACCUCAACAAACAACAACACUGUCUCUCUGUGAAAUACUAUUCAGAAGACUGAUGCAGCUCCCUGGAACUGAUGUAUCCACCCAUGUAAGUUUAUUAGCAGGAGAUAAAAACAACCCAGAAUAUUUUACAAGUUCAUAGAUAACUAAAAUGUGAUUGGGCCCAGGCACAGGUUGUACAACCAGGACCUCUAGAAGGGGCUCUGCACUCCUUCAACCUAGGGAAUGAUGUUUGACUAAAGUACACAAAAGGAAGGGUAGCUUACCUCCUCGGUGGGAGGGACCGUUUUUGGUAUCACUAACCUUUCUCAGCACUAAAGGUGGAAGGAGAAUCGAGUUGGAUCCACCACUCUCACCCGAAAGCUGUGACUAGUUCUUGUAAUUCUCCAUGAUGAUUAAAUACUGAGCUGCAGCAUAGCAAGUUAUUGCUUCUCAAGUUUUUGGAAGUUCUCUGUCACAGGAAUUUACUGUGUCAUCAGACUAGAACUUCUUCAUUGCUCUUCAUUUGUCAGCUUUUCUCUGAAGCCUGAAAGAGAUCUGUGCUCCGGUAACCUUGAAUCCCAUGGCUGUUUAGGUAUUAGACAUUACCAGCAGCCACGUGAUGGAUAUUUUCUUCAGAAAACGGUUUCUCGCACAACUUCCAAUUUUCUUACUCUUCAGAACUUGCAGAUGAAGGGGUUGCUUUGAAGGUCAGGGCUCCUUGUGAUAGAUACACACACUGUUGAGUAGAGACAUGUUGAUGAAAGGGAAGGCUGUAUUUGCCCCAUGCCAUGUUUGUGUGGGUACAGCUGUAUGUUUUCAUAUAUAUACAUAUAUAUAUAUAUAUAUAGAGAGAGAGAGAGAGAGAUAUCUCAAUAUGUACAGAGAUACUUGGCGUAUGUGCAUGAAGAUCAAGGCACUCCGUGAUGGGAUGGCAGCAUUUCCUGUCAGACAUUUUUGGACUUACCUAAUUUUGUUUCUUGUAGUUAAAACAAGAUAAAGAUGAUCUGACUCAGCAUCAUGAAAUGCAUGCAUUGGAACUAUGUUCUUGUGGUAGGAGGAGAAUACUGACCUGAGAUGGAAGUCAAAACAUCAUUUAGCAAAGCCAGUAGGAUUCCUGAAACUGUAUCCACAUUAAUUAAUGAAGAAUUUGUCCUGGUUCAUCAGCAAUCAGAGGACACUUCUGGAAAAGAUGAAAAGCCUCAGCUAAAGGUAUUUUCAAAUGGAGAUGAUCAGCUGGAGAAGGCAAUGGAAGAGAUACUGAGGGAUUCGGAAAAAGACCAGAACAAUUCCCCUGCUCUCCGAGAAGGUUCCAGCGAGGCAGGAGAUGGGUCAGCAGGCCAAACAAAUCAGCCAUCUCUGCACCUCGUUUUAGACCCUUCUACUACAGAAAUCUCUGCACCAAGGCCAUCAUCUCCCAGUGAACCCCGGGAAGAGGACAGUGUGUUGUUUAACAAACUGACUUAUUUAGGUUGCACAAAGGUGUCUGCCCCUCGAAAUGAACUGGAAGCUCUACAUGCCAUGGCAAACAUGAAAUCCUCGAGUCAAGCCCCCUUACCUGUAACGCUUUAUGUUCCAAACAUUCCAGAAGGCUCCGUAAGAAUAAUAGAUCAAUCAAGCAAUGUGGAGAUAGCCUCUUUUCCGAUCUAUAAGGUCUUGUUCUGUGUGCGUGGACAAAAUGGGACUUCAGAGAGUGACUGUUUUGCAUUUACAGAAAGCAGCUGUGGAACAGAAGAGUUCCAGAUUCAUGUUUUCUCCUGUGAGAUUAAAGAGGCAGUCAGCCGAAUUUUAUACAGUUUCUCAACAGCAUUCAAACGUUCUUCCAAACAAGCAUCUGACCAGGUUAAGGACUUUGUUCUUCCUACUCCAGAUAGUGAUGUGUACACUUUCAGUGUUUCCUUAGAAGUCAAAGAAGAUGACGGAAAAGGAAAUUUUAGCCCUGUGCCAAAGGAUAGAGAUAAAUUAUAUUUCAAGCUUAAACAGGGAAUUGAGAAGAAAGUGGUGAUUACAGUUCAGCAACUCUCGAACAAAGAGCUGGCCAUUGAAAGAUGCUUUGGGAUGCUAUUAAGCCCUGGACGAAAUGUGAAGAACAGUGACAUGCAUUUACUAGACAUGGAAUCCAUGGGAAAGAGUUCUGAUGGGAAGGCUUAUGUAAUUACUGGAUUGUGGAAUCCUAAUGCACCCAUGUUUGUAGUACUUAAUGAGGAAACUCCUAAAGAUAAGCGUGUAUUCAUGACCGUGGCAGUGGACAUGGUUGUUACUGAAAUAGUAGAGCCAGUCCGGUUUUUGCUGGAGACUGUUGUGCGUGUGUAUCCUGCCAAUGAACGCUUCUGGUACUUCAGCAGAAAAACCUUCACAGAAACUUUUUAUAUGAAGUUAAAACAGUCUGAAGGAAAAAGCCACACAAGUGCUGGGGAUGCAAUUUAUGAAGUUGUCAGUCUACAAAGAGAAUCUGCAAGAGAGGAAGAACUGGUCAGCCCAACAAGUGGAGGAGGGCCCAUGUCAUCCCAGGAGGAUGAGGCAGAAGAAGAGAGUGAUAAUGAACUCUCCAGUGGCACUGGUGAUGUGUCAAAGGAUUGUCCCGAGAAGAUUUUGUAUUCCUGGGGAGAAUUACUGGGGAGAUGGCACAACAAUCUUGUCGUGAGACCGAACGGAUUAUCUGCCCUGGUGAAGAGCGGCGUUCCAGAGGCGCUGCGGGCAGAGGUUUGGCAGCUGCUGGCAGGAUGCCACGACAACCAGGCCAUGCUGGAGAGAUACCGAGUCCUCAUCACAAUGGAUUCUGCUCAAGAGAGUGUCAUUACACGAGAUAUCCAUCGUACAUUUCCAGCACAUGAUUAUUUCAAAGACACAGAAGGAGACGGUCAGGAAUCUCUAUACAAAAUCUGUAAGGCAUACUCCGUCUAUGAUGAAGACAUUGGCUAUUGCCAGGGACAGUCUUUCCUUGCAGCUGUGCUUCUACUUCAUAUGCCGGAGGAGCAGGCAUUCUGUGUGUUUGUGAAAAUAAUGUAUGACUACGGCUUGAGGGACCUCUACAGAAAUAACUUUGAAGAUCUCCAUUGCAAAUUUUUCCAGCUGGAGAAGCUAAUGCAGGAGCAGUUACCCGACUUGUACAGCCAUUUCUCAGACCUCAAUCUGGAAGCUCAUAUGUACGCAUCCCAGUGGUUCCUCACUCUUUUUACUGCCAAGUUUCCACUCUGCAUGGUCUUCCACAUCAUUGACUUACUGCUCUGCGAGGGUAUGAACAUCAUCUUCCACGUAGCCUUGGCUCUUUUAAAGACCUCCAAAGAGGACCUUCUACAAGCUGAUUUUGAAGGAGCUUUAAAGUUCUUCAGGGUUCAGUUGCCCAAGAGGUACAGAGCGGAAGAGAACGCCAGGAGACUGAUGGAGCAAGCUUGCAACAUCAAGGUGCCAACCAAAAAGCUGAAGAAAUAUGAGAGAGAGUACCAAACAAUGCGUGAGAGUCAGCUGCAGCAGGAAGAUCCUAUGGACAGAUACAAGAGGGAAAACCGCAGGCUCCAAGAAGCAAGCAUGCGGCUGGAGCAGGAGAACGAUGACCUUGCCCAUGAGCUCGUAACAAGCAAAAUUGCCUUACGGAAUGACCUGGACCAGGCUGAAGAUAAGGCAGAUGUUUUGAACAAGGAACUUCUCCUGACCAAACAGAAACUUGUGGAGACUGAGGAAGAGAAACGGAAGCAGGAAGAGGAAACUGCUCAGCUGAAGGAAGUCUUCAGGAAGCAGCUAGAGAAGGCGGAAUCCGAGAUUAAGAAAACCACAGCCAUUAUUGCAGAGUAUAAACAGAUUUGUUCUCAGCUGAGUACCAGGCUGGAAAAACAACAAGCAGCCAGUAAAGAUGAACUGGAAGUUGUGAAGGGUAAAGUGAUGGCCUGCAAACACUGCAGUGAGAUUUUCAGUAAGGAGGGGGCACUGAAGCUGCCUGCUGUAAGCACGGAUAAUAAAGGCAUAGAAACGGAUGAUGAGAAGGACGCACUGAAGAAGCAGCUGAGAGAGAUGGAGCUGGAACUUGCACAGACCAAACUGCAGCUUGUGGAAGCCAAGUGCAAAAUUCAGGAGCUGGAGCACCAGAGAGGAGCCCUUAUGAAUGAAAUCCAAGCUGCCAAAAACUCUUGGUUUAGCAAAACCCUGAACUCUAUCAAAACGGCCACAGGCACCCAGCCACCGCAGCAGCCUCAGCCGCCCCUGCCACCCAAGGAGGGCAGCACAUAGUUCCAGCCAGAGCCGACACAAGAGCACAAAGAACAACACAACUGGAACCCUGGGGGAUUCUUCCAGUGGUCUCUCCUCUUGGGGAAAGGACAAAAGGCAGGAGUGCAGGCUUGAAGUGAAAUUCUUCAGUGUUUUUUGUUCAUUCUGAUGUGACCCUUUUCAAAAGGGAAAAAAAAAAUAAUUCCUGUUUUAUGUUGAAUUCUUACUUCCCAAACUGCCUUGCUGAAAGCCACGUUCUGAUACCUUCAUACUUUUACACUUUAUUUUAUAUGACUAGAUGUUAAAUAAAUACUUCAAAACUAGGUCUUUAAUACAUUACUAAUUAUUCAAAGUUAUUUUUAUCUUGCAUAGAAGGUUUUUUCUUCUUCUGGAGGAAGAGAGAGAAUGUAAAUUGUAAAGUACUGACACACAAUCUCUUCAUAGAAAGCACAGUGUAAGAAGUACUAGUGUGUGUGCGGGUGUCUAGGAUAACUCACGCCCUGGGACCAUCUCAGAAGUCGAUGGCAGUGACUGCGUCCUGCAGAGAAGCACUUUUUGUAAAGCUUAGACCAUAGCAAAGAUAGUCGCGUGCUCUCUUUGCACAAUUGUUUAUGAGCUUCCCUGGUGAUUUGUUAGUUCUGAUUGUUUUUUCUUCAGAAAUGCAAGUAGUGAAGUUCUUUGUAGCACUGUUGUUUAAAGGCUAUUUACAGCUGAACUGGAAUUUAACAUAAAGUUAUCUAGUUCUCUUUUUUAUUUAAUGUUUAUACUAAGAAUUCCGAGAAAUAAUUCCUUCCACUGGGAUAAAGGGAAAACUGUUCAGCAUUUUGGAUGUUUUUGCUGAGAAGCAAAGACCUUGCAUUGUUUUGACCUCUUGUAAAUCCUGUGCGAUAAAAAGUAGGUUUUGUGAAUAAAACUAAUGAAAACCUUUCCCUGGGUCUACAAAUUUUGAAUUUGACACUGAAAUGAGGCAUCAAAUAAAAAACCCAAAAAGCCUGUGCUGCACUGAUACAUAAAACAUCACACAAUAUCUGUUUACUAUAAGGAUUUGAUUAGGAAAUGCAACAUUGGUGUUACUUAUUUUUAUAAAAACAAACAUUUUCAAGUGGAAUACAAUACCUCGACUUUCCCAUGGGGUAGACUUCUCUGAUGAUUCGCAAACCUGCCUGGUUGUUUAAUCUCUCUUAAGGUAAGAAAAUUCAAAAGCAUUUGUUCUGACUGAAUAUAAAGUGUUUAUAGAAAUACUUAUUUCAUGGAAAAUUAAACUAUUGCUCGAACUGAUGGAAUAUUUUUUUAAUUAUACUUGUCAUGUCUAAAGAUGGUCUUGCAGGUAAAUACAAUUGCUGGACUAAAGGCUGUGUAUUAAUUGUUCCAUUUACAAAAUUGUUUGAGGGACAUUAGUUCUGACUUUUUUUUAAUUAUUUUUAAUCUAAGGAAUGCCAUAUCUUGUCAGUUUUGUACAAUAAAAUUCAACGGUACCCA